CGGGCGACCCCAAGACCUUUCCCUGAGCUAAUAUGGCUGCGCCCAGCGCUCUGCUGGGGGGCCGGUGAGGAAGGGAGCCAGGCUGCGGGAAUCUUUGCCCGCGAAUCCACCGGAGAUGGCGCUUCGGCCGCGGUUGUGGGCGUGCUUAUCGGUUUGCAGGAACCCCGGGCUUGGGGUCGCCGCCGUGUCCACCCGCGCCAAGCCGGCGCCGAAGCCUGAAGCGAGCCCGCUGGGAAAUGAAGCUGUGGCGCCCGAGUUCACCAACCGGAACCCGCGGAACCUGGAGCUCUUAGGUGUGGCCAGGAAGGAGCGGGGCUGGGGGACUGUGUGGCCCUCCCGGGAGUUCUGGCACAGGUUGCGAGUUACAAGGACUCAGCAUCACGUUGAAGCUGUCGUCGAGCACUGGAGUGGCCAGGUGGUAGUUUCAGCGUCCACUCGUGAGUGGGCAAUUAAAAAGCACCUCUAUAGCACCAAAAAUGUGGUGGCUUGCGAGAGCAUCGGCCGGGUGCUGGCAGAGCGCUGCUUGCAGGCCGGGAUCAACUUCAUGGUCUAUCAGCCGACUCCAUGGGAAGCAGCCUCAGACUCGAUUAAACGAUUCCAGAACGCUAUGACAGAAGGGGGCGUGGUGCUGCAGGAGCCUCGGAGAAUCUAUGAAUGAAUGGGCAGCUCUGUGGCACAGCGGGGCCAGGCUGUCGCAUGGUAGAAGCAUGUCUGGGAGAGCCGUGGGGAGCCACGCUGUGAUGAUCUAACCGUGGACUGUUUUAUCCCAUGCCUUGUUUGGAUUUUUUUUAUUACAAGGGCUAAGUUUUCCCCUUCUCUUAGACCUGAAGAACUAUCUGAGAAAAGCUAUUGGUAAUAAUAGCUUUUUAAGGACAAAAUACAUGUUUAAACUAACCAAUAAAGGCAUAUUGUGAAGUC